AUGGCUCGAAGAUCUCUUGGUGCGAUGAGAAGAAAUUUCUUCUGGGGAUCACCUAAAGGCGGAGCUAAAAACCCUACCUCUAAUUCUGAACAAGGAGAGUAUGGAACCUGGAUCCACGCCAAGCAGCCUACACGGCGUACAUUGAGCAAAGAAGCGGCUACUGCCCGUUCCCCUCUUGCCCCAAAACGGAACCCAGCCACUAACGCAGAGGCAAAGAAAGAUAGCAAAGCUCGUGCAGAAAUUGUCAAUCUGGACAAGUCCGGCCGCAAUACCGUGGUGAUUAUUGCAGAGGAGGCGAUGGAGACCUCACCAACUCUGACCUUUCAAGCCGUUCAUGUGAACAGUGACGUAGAGGAGGAAAAUGAUGAAGAACUCAUGCCUGUAACUCCCGAGAGUGGUCCUGACAUUCCACCAGACCCAAAGCCACCCAAUUCUCACUCGUCCAGGCUAUCAACCACAAAAUCUCUUCCGCAAAAAUCCAGCAUUCCAAUCUGA